CCACCCCAAAGAGAGAGGCUGUCUGGGGGAGGGUGUCAGGCUGUGUGGAUUGGGUGUCAGACACAGAGCACAAGCGGUGCAGGUGGGACUCUGGAGCAGAGUAACUGCUCAUAGACACACAUAGACUCAUUCAGUGCUGAACGCGUACAGUCACCAUGUUGUGGGCUGCAAACCAGUUCAUCAGGAAACUCUCCACCUCCACAGUAUAUUACCAAAACAAGUUGAGAUUGGCUUUAAUAGGCCAGAGUCUGUUUGGACAAGAGGUGUACAACAACUUGCGGAAAGAAGGGCAUAAAGUGGUGGGAGUCUUCACAGUGCCUGACAGAGAGGGCAAACCAGACCCCCUGGCUGUGGCAGCAGAGAAAGAUGGCACACCGGUGUUUAAGUUUCCCAGAUGGAGAGUGAAGGGGAAACCCAUUCCUGAUGUGGUCAAAGCCUACAAGUCUGUGGGAGCAGAACUCAACGUCCUCCCGUUCUGCAGUCAGUUUAUUCCAAUGGAGGUUAUUGAUCAUCCUAAGAACGGAUCUAUAAUCUACCAUCCAUCAUUGCUCCCACGGCACAGAGGUGCUUCUGCUAUAAACUGGACUUUGAUUCAUGGGGAUAAAAAGGGAGGUUUCUCUGUCUUCUGGGCAGAUGAUGGAUUGGAUACAGGGCCUGUACUUCUGCAGAGAGAGUGUGACAUAGAUCCCAAUGACACAGUCGAUACACUCUAUAAUCGUUUCCUCUUUCCUGAAGGGAUUCAAGCAAUGGUGGAGGCUGUGCAGCUAAUUGCCGAUGAGAAAGCACCGAGGAUUAUCCAGCCAGAAGGUGCCACAUAUGAAGGGAUCCAGAAGAAGGAGAAUGCAAAGAUCUCCUGGGAUCAGACGGCAGAAACUCUCCACAAUUGGAUCCGUGGACACGACAAGGUUCCUGGAGCCUGGACGCUCAUCGAUGGCCAGGCGGUGACUAUGUACGGCUCAGCCUUGUAUAAAGGUGCAGUUCCUUCUGGUCAGGCGUUGCAGAUCAGUGGCUGUAGCCAACCUGGUGUAGUGACCAGCAAUGGGUUGGUGCUGUUUGGCAACGAUGGGAAGAUGUUGAUAGUGAGAAACCUUCAGUUCGAGGAUGGCAAAAUGAUUUCUGCCUCAAAAUACUUCUCUUCUGGUGACACUGCUGCUGUGGAACUGACUGAAGAAGAGAAGAAGAUAGCAGAGACUAUCAAGGCCAUUUGGAAAGGAAUUUUGAGCACUGUCGACACCAUUGAGGAUUCCACAGAUUUCUUUAAGUCUGGAGCCGCGUCUAUGGAUGUUGUCAGGUUGGUUGAAGAAAUCAAACAGAAGUGCAAUGGAUUCCAGCUGCAAAAUGAAGAUGUCUACAUGGCCACCAAGUUUGAGGAAUUCAUCCAGAUGUUUGUUAGAAAGCUGAGAGGAGAAGAUGGAGAGGAAGAGUUGGUGGUAGAUUAUGCUACGAUGGAGGUAAACAAUAUGACUGUGAAGAUGCCCCACCAAUGCUUCAUCAACGGCAAGUUUGAAGACGCCAACGAUGGGAAAACCUACAGCACCAUCAACCCCACAGACGGCUCAGUUAUCUGCAAAGUCGCCUUCUCGUCUAUAGCUGAUGUUGACAAGGCUGUAGCAGGAGCUAAAGAAGCCUUUGAUAAUGGCCAGUGGGGAAGGAUGAACGCUAGAGACAGAGGGAGACUCCUGUAUAAGCUGGCAGACCUAAUGGAGGAACAUGAGGAAGAACUUGCUACCAUCGAGGCCAUGGAUUCAGGAGCUGUGUACACACUGGCUCUGAAGACACACGUUGGAAUGUCUAUUCAGACAUUCAGAUACUUUGCUGGAUGGUGCGACAAGAUUCAGGGUUCGACAAUCCCCAUUAAUCAAGCCCGCCCUAAUCGUAAUUUAACAUUUACCAAGAAGGAACCUCUGGGGGUCUGUGCCAUUGUUAUCCCAUGGAACUAUCCACUCAUGAUGUUGGCCUGGAAGAGUGCAGCCUGCCUUGCUGCGGGCAACACCCUGGUACUAAAGCCAGCACAGGUCACUCCUCUGACUGCUCUGAAGUUUGCAGAACUAACUGCUAAAGCUGGCUUCCCUAAAGGAGUUGUCAACAUUCUUCCUGGCUCAGGUGGCCUUGUCGGGCAGCGACUUUCUGAACACCCCGAUAUUCGCAAAUUGGGCUUCACAGGAUCCACACCCAUUGGGAAACAGAUUAUGAAAAGCUGUGCUCUGAGUAAUCUAAAAAAAGUCUCACUAGAGCUGGGUGGAAAGUCUCCUCUCAUUAUCUUCAGUGACUGUGACCUUGAUAAGGCUGUGAGAAUGGGCAUGGGAGCGGUGUACUUCAAUAAGGGAGAGAACUGCAUUGCUGCUGGACGUCUGUUUGUUGAAGAAUCAAUUCACGAUGAGUUUAUCAGGAGAGUUGUUGAGGAAAUUAAGAAGAUGAAGAUAGGGGAUCCUCUGGACAGGUCCACAGACCACGGGCCCCAGAACCACAACGCUCAUCUGGAAAAGCUGCUGGAAUACUGUGAGAUUGGGGUCAAAGAAGGAGCCACUUUGAUAUAUGGAGGGAAAAAAGUACCGAGACCUGGUUUCUUUAUGGAGCCCACAGUGAUAACCAAUGUGGAAGAUGAGAUGUAUAUCGCCAAAGAGGAAUCUUUUGGACCAGUGAUGGUUGUCUCGAAAUUCAAAGAUGGAGACGUUGAUGGGGUGUUGCAGCGAGCGAACAACACAGAGUUCGGUUUGGCCUCAGGGGUUUUCACACGGGACAUUGGCAAAGCCAUGUAUGUCAGUGACUGUUUAGACGCUGGAACAGUGUUUAUCAACACUUACAACAAAACCGAUGUAGCCGCACCUUUUGGAGGAUUUAAACAAUCGGGAUUUGGUAAAGAUCUGGGUGAGGAAGCUCUUCAUGAAUAUCUCAGGACAAAAACUGUAACUGUGGAAUAUUAAAUAAUUAUUCCAAGUGGGUGUUGCUGUUAGCAAACUGAAAUCCCUUCGUUCUAUGCCCUCCAAAUCUUCAUCCAGCAAAAUCUGCUGCUACUGCACCCGGUAUCUUACCUUACCUGAAUGAUAGCACCUCAAACACAAGCAAAAAUCACUGCUGCAGUUACAUAUGCAUCGCAUCAUUAUGUGCCUAGAUGAUUUGUUUCAUCAAAUGGACCUCAAAUAUAUAUUUACUUCUUAAUUUUAAUUGUAAUUGGACUGUUGGCCCUUUUGAGUGUAGACUUUUUAAAAUACAUUUUAAAAUAUGCAACGCUUUCUUUCAUUAUCAAAGAUACCUUGAAUAAUAAUGUUAUUAUUAAAUCUGUAUGUAUUAAAUUCCUCUAUAUUGGAACUAGUGAUGUUAAAUUAUAACCAUCAUAUUAGUUGCAUUAAUAAUAGGAAAACUGCAUUUCAUAUUUUGCUUUACUUUCACUGUUAUGUAAAAUACUUGUGCCAUGACCCAGUGUUCAGUUUAGGUUUGUAUAUGAACAAAAUGAAGUGCACUUAGUUUGGAUCUCUUUACAGUGGGUAUAGAUGCCAACAAUAGCAGUUUCACUAUGGACGUCAAGCUUGAAGUCAGAAUAUUUUAAACAUUUUGUACCUCUUUGUAAAUUGUAAAGCCUGCUCUGGGAAUGAUGUACGUCUGUCUGUCUGAUAUAAUGGGAUGGCUGUGUACAGUAUGUAUGCUCGGCAACUCCGUAUCGACUAUAAUAUGACACUAGUAUUGUUACGUCUCUGAAAUGUGUUACGUGUUACUGAUUCAAACAAGAACUUACAUUCAAGAACACUUUGCUAUUCAUUUACAUGAGAAUUGCUUCUGCAUGAAACCCUGAAUAAGUACACUAAUUGUAUUAUUAAACCUGCCUCUAGUGUUAAACAAUCUGAUAACAAUUUAAUAAUAAUCCUUGCAUUUGAUAUAGCGCCUUAUCAUGUUUUCGAGACGUCUCAAAGCGCUUCACACAAUAUACUGUAAAGUGUAGUGACCUUGUAUUUUGUGGGCCAAACACAUUUGAACAUACGAUCCUAAAAGCUGCUUUACCUUUCUCAAAACCAAAUAACUAAUUUUAGUGAUAAAAGAAAGUAAUAUCAAUUAUUUUUAAAACAAUGUGAAUGGCUAAAUGGAAGGGAAUAUUGGGCUUUUGAUGAUCAGGAAUAACAUUAAAAUUGAACAAUGGCUCCGUUGGACUGAACUAUAUUAACAUCAUCAAUCAACAUUUGCCUGACCAUUGUUGUCAUAGCCUUCUAUACAAGUAUUCAGAAUUUCUCCUUCAUAACUUAUUUAUUGUGUAUGUAAAAAAUCAUAGUUUCAGCAUCCAUUAACAUGUAAUUUUUAUUGAGUAACAGUAAAACCUGGCUGUGCAUUAAAGCUGAUUUGAAACCAUUUUCCUACUAUAUUUAACCCACUUUGUGAUGUAAGACAUUCUGUAAGAAUCCUCAGUAUUCUGUAGUUUAUAUAAUUUUCUUUAAUCCAAUUUACUGCAACUGCGCACAGAUCAAAGCUGAAAUCUGGUCUAUUUAGCUCAGUUUCCCUCCAGACACUGGCUUUACUAAUUGAGCUAAUAGAAGUGGAGUGUACUGGGUGUGCAGUGGGAACCUCUCUCUCACUGUCUCACAGGACAGCAAUGCAGUGGGGACAACUCUUCUCCCAGUCAGGAUACACCAAAGAAAAUAGUUUUGUCAAAAAAAAUCAUAACAAUGCUUUGAACAUUCUUGUUGAAACAGUAGGUUUCCAUUGUUGAUGUCCAGUAAACCUCACAUAAGUGGUAUCAGUUGGGACAAUACAUUUAAUAUGAAGUAUUCAAACUAUCAGUUAUGUCAACCUUAUUAGUAAUAGGAAAUUCAACGGGACUCGGGCAGAUGUACAAUUCGGGCGAUUAUACGAUUUAUACAGAUCAGACUUCACUGUAUCACAGAGAAACCUGGUUCUGGGAUGAACUUGUUACCUCUAGCAUUUGUCUUGGUCCCUUGGUAUCUUGAUCACAUCAAUACUUCUCGAGAUUAAACUACAGCCAUGUAGCAGAUCUCUCUGCCACAAUGAUAUACAGUAAAUUAAAGUACACACAGGAUGUAUUUACACCCAGCACCAACCACAGAUGGAUAGACUUUGGUUAAGUAUGGACUGCAAAUUCUGUUCUGUUGAGGAAUUCUGUUGGGAACCAAUGAUUAAACAGCUCCCUCUUGUG